AUGGAGAUGUGGGUGAUGCUGGGGGCCUUAUGUGUUGGAAUUUCGGUCUUAAGAUGGAUUCUGAAAAAUGUGAAUCGCUGGAUGUACGAGCCAAAGCAUUGUCGCUUGCCUCCUGGAGAUCUUGGUUGGCCUUUCCUUGGUAACAUGUUCUCCUUCCUCUCUGCCUUCAAAUCCACCGAUCCUGAUUCAUUUGUUGAUUCUCUUCUCUCCAGAUAUGGAGAUACGGGAAUGUAUAAGGCCAUGAUGUUUGGGGAUCCAAGCGUGAUCGUGACAACACCGGAAGGAUGCCGCAAAGUAUUAACCGACGACGAAAACUUCAUCAAUGGUUGGCCUCUUUCCACCGUGGAGCUCGUGGGAAGGAAGUCCUUCGUCAUCAUGCCUUAUGAAGAACAUAAGCGUCUCCGGCGCCUCACGGCGGCUUCGGUCAAUGGCUUGGAAGCACUGAGCUUGUACUUGACAUACAUUGAAGAGAAUGUGAUAAGCUCAUUGGAGAAGUGGACAACAAUGGGAGAAAUUGAGUUUCUAACUCAGGUCCGUAAGCUUACUUUUAGAGUCAUUACUCAUAUUUUCCUUGGCGCAGCAAGUAACUCUGUUGUGGAAGCUUUGGAGAAAGAGUACACAACGCUUAAUCAUGGAAUUAGAUGCAUGGCUAUCAAUAUUCCUGGAUUUGCAUAUCAUUCAUCCCUCAAGGCCAGAAAAAAGCUAGUUGGAGUAUUUCAAGCUGUGGUGGAUGAGAGAAGAAAGCAAGAGAAGGAAGAGGGAUUUAGAAAAACAAAAGACAUGAUGGAUGCUCUGAUGAAUGUGGAAGAUGGAAAUGGAGGAAAAUUAAGUGAUGAGGAAAUAAUUGAUAUUAUGUUGAUGUACUUGAAUGCUGGUCACGAAUCCUCAGGACAUAUUUCCAUGUGGGCCACAAUUUUCUUACAAAAUCACCCUGAAUUUUUCCAAAUGGCCAAGGCUGAACAUGAAGAAAUCGUCAAGAAAAGGCCACCAACACAGACGAGGUUGUCCAUGAAGGAGGUUCGACAGAUGGAUUUUACUUCAAAGGUUAUUGAUGAAACAUUGCGUUUAAUUACAUUCUCUUUCACGGUGUUUCGAGAGGCAAAACGCGACGUCAAUCUCAACGGUUAUACCAUUCCUAAAGGUUGGAAAGUUCUCACCUGGUUCAGGAGUGUUCAUUUUGAUCCUGCAAUAUACCCUAAUCCAAUGGAAUUUUAUCCUCUACGCUGGAAUAAUUUCACACCCAAGGCUGGAGAGUUCCUUCCAUUUGGAGCAGGAAGCAGAAUGUGUCCUGGAAAUGAUCUCGCCAAAUUGGAAAUCACAGUCUUUCUUCACCACUUUCUUUUAAAUUAUCAGUGA